UGGAAAUUUAUUUGUAUUUGUAUACAAUAGGAAAAUAACUUAUGUAGAAUAUCCCAGUGGUACUUUGAACCUUUAGCAGUGAUCUUUCCGGUCCCGAUAGUGGUUUUAUACAAGGAGACAUCUCUACGCGAUUGAUCGCGUCCCAAUCCGCUAAGAUAAAGGAGCGCGUCUACGUUAUCGGAGACCACAAAGGUACAGCUCAGAUAAUUAACAACAACACCAGGGACCUACUCAUGUGGGAGUAUGACUUGCGCUUCCAGGGAAUUAAGAUCUGCUGGGGAUAGAUAUUGGGAUAGUACUCGCAGCACCUCAAUGGUCUCGGUGCGCCGCCGUUGAUAACUUUCGGGACCUCGACAAUCAUGGCCUCCAGCGCCGAUGAUGGGGAUGACUCUGUGGAUGAGCUGCAGAGCUUCCAGGAAUUUUCCCCUAGGAAGAGCGCAGAUGCGCCAUCCGUUACCGCGCUCCAACAUAGGCCCCGAAUGUCCAGCCCUUCCGAUGCAAACCAUGGAACGGGGGAGGACAAAAAUGCUGAUGGCGCAUCAGAAGAUGCCAUAGAGGAUGAUGGCGACGUUGCAUUCCGAAUCGAGUUACCACCUGCUAUAAACACCGAACAAUACACAUAUGUCUCGGCGGAAUCAGAUGACGGCUAUGUGGACUGCGUGGAGUCAGAAAUAGAGGACUCCGAGAAUGUCAGCUACCAUAUUCGGUAUGACGAUGGAGGAGACGACAUUGUCCCAUUUGAACGUCUACUUCAACUUUGCAACGGCCAAAACGCUCUUGAUGUCUUCCACAACCCAAAUGAAGUAGAAGAAGAAUCAGAUAUACCACGCCGAACAGGAAAGUCUAGAGAACUGUCGAAAAGGCAGGCUAACAUUUUAUCAUACACAAGAAAGAGGACAAGCACACGAGGACACCUGCAAAGUUGCAACACCUCUGACGAGGACGAGUUAUCCAUCAAUCAAUCUGACUCUAGAAGACGACGAGCCGCCAGCCCCAGACGAUCAUUGCGAUCUAAGACAGAUUCACACGCACCAAAGAAUAAACGUUACAGCGGGAUGACUUCACCUGAUGAAGGGUCUUCGUCAGAUGAGCUUGCGUCACGGUCCCUGGGUCGCCGCAGUUUAGGCGCCCUGUCAUCAAAUGACCGUCGCACACGAGGCAAAUUUGCCCGACCGUCAAUGAAUGUCGACUAUAGUGAUGAUGUGACUGGUGAUGUCGAUAGCGAUGCGAGCGGUAUCGUGGUGAAGCGCUCAAGUGGUCGCCUAGGCCGCGGCCAUCCCACGAGAGGCAGGCCAGGCAGAGGCGGCAUGUCCAAAAAAUCGGGCAUGUUCGGGCGCCGCAAGAAAGAUUACGAUGACUCUUCUGAGGCACCAGAGCCCACCCGUAAAUCUGGCAGGAGCACGAAGGUGUCGAAGAAUAUGAGAGACCAGCUUGAAGAUGAGGAGCUGUAUGCCGAUUCAGACGUUGAAGAGACAGGCCCAAAGAUUAUAAGUGUGCGGGAAAUAUUUCAACCUCUAGCUGCAAAUAAUCACUUCAGCGUCAUCCACAAUCGGCGUUGCGACGUAUGUUCCGGAGCGAACGCGGCAUCCAACAAAGGACCUAGCCCGCUUAUACAAUGCCAAGGCUGUACGACUUCCAUACACAAGGUCUGCCUUGGGUACAGGAGCCAGAGAGAGCACUUGGUUACCAAAGUCGGCGAGGGCGAUUUCGUUUUGCAAUGCCGACGUUGUAUUGGCCUGGCGCGGAAGAAGGAUAGGAGUGCUCCUGAUCUUGGUGCCUGCCAAGAAUGCAAGAAGCCUGGCCUAGCCUGUGCUCCAUUUUCGACCAAAAAGACAUCCAAGCAGGAGGAAAAGCUGAGAGAAGAUAAUGGAGGAACUGAUCCGAUUACCCUUGUUUCCCCAGACUUGCUCAACAACCACGCCACUCUCCUGUUUCGGUGCGUUUCAUGCAAGCGCGGCUUCCAUUUUGAGCACCUUCCGCCUCUCAAUAGCUCGGGUUAUAGCCCUGACGACGUGGCGGAUUUACAAGAAGCUCGAUUCGCCGAGUACGAACUACAUUGGAACUGCAAGGACUGUCUUGACGUACCAGGGAAACCCCAAGGGAUGGUUGCAUGGAGGCCUGCCAACCUGGAGACAUAUGCCCCUGGCCGUACGCUCGAGUCACUCACUGAAGAUGAGAAAGAGUAUCUCAUCAAGUGGCAAGGAAUGUCCUACUUCAGCUGUACGUGGGCACCUGGAGCAUGGGUAUGGGGCAUUACUGCGGGCAUCAUGAGAAAUGCCUUUGCUCGCCGCUGCAUAGAACAGAACAAUGGCCUGCCAAUUAUGACGGAAAGCGAUGCUAUCCCAGAAGAGUAUCUACGCAUCGAGAUUGUCCUCGACGUGAAGUACUCGAGCCGAGUAUCAACCCGCACCGAGGAGAUCGACAAAGCUCGCAUCAAGGAGGUCGACGAGGUCCUUGUGAAAUUCACUGGAUUGGGUUAUGAUGAGAUAGCUUGGGAGAGUCCGCCUCAGCCCAUAGAGACGGAACGGUAUGCCGAUUACCAUGCGGCCUAUCUUGAGUUUGUUGCCGGAAAAUACUUCAAGCAGCACGGUUCUAAAGUUAAGGAACGUUUGACCCAAUACAGGCAGUCCAAUUUUGAAAGGAACGUCCUUCUGGAAGCCCAGCCAGCUGCGCUGACUGGAGGGAAGUUGAUGGAAUAUCAGAUGGAGGGCAUGAAUUGGCUUCUCUACAAUUUCCAUCGGGAGAAGAAUGUGAUUCUUGCAGACGAGAUGGGUCUGGGCAAAACUAUCCAGGUUAUUGCGGCACUCACAGCUCUGAUUAAGGAGAAACCAAAGUGCUGGCCAUUCUUAAUUGUUGUGCCGAACUCAACAUGCCCUAACUGGCGCCGCGAAAUCAAACAGUGGGCUCCGUCGUUACGAGUUGUCACUUAUUAUGGUUCUCGGGAAGCUAGGGAGACCGCCAUGAAGUACGAGCUAUUCCCCGAAGGUCGCAGUGAACUGGCAGCUCAUAUUGUCGUCACCUCAUAUGAAGCCCCUGUCGACGAGAGCAGCCGGGCCUUCUUUCGCAAAACCAAAUGGGCUGGUUUGAUCGUCGACGAGGGCCAACGCCUUAAGAACGACAAGAAUCUUCUUUAUGGGGCAUUGACUGCACUGCACGUUCCGUUCCGAGUUCUACUAACAGGCACGCCCUUGCAGAAUAACAAGAAGGAACUCUUCACACUCCUUCAAUUUCUCGACCCUGAGAUCAAUGCUACUACCCUAGAUGAGAAGUACGAAGAGUUGACCAACGAAAACUUGCCAGAGCUGCACGAUCUUAUCCGACCGUAUUUCCUUCGUCGCACAAAGGCUAUGGUUCUCAAGUUCCUUCCUCCAAUGGCCCAAGUCAUCAUUCCCGUGACUAUGAGCACAGUCCAGAAGAAGCUUUACAAGUCGAUUCUUUCAAAGAGCCCAGAGCUGCUAAGGUCUAUUUUCGGCAAAGAUCAGGCACAACUAAAGCCAAGCGAAAGAGGAAGCUUGAACAAUAUUUUGAUGCAGCUGAGAAAAUGUCUCUGCCAUCCAUUUGUCUACAGUGAGGCUAUCGAAGAAAGAUCAAACAACCGCGCUGUGCUACAUAGAAAUCUCGUCGACGCCUCCUCAAAGCUUCAACUCCUUGAGAUUAUGCUCCAGAAGCUCCAGGAGAGAGGACAUCGUGUGUUGAUUUUCAGCCAGUUCUUGAAACAGCUGGAUAUCAUUGAAGACUUUCUCGAUGGGCUUGGACUUCAAUUUCAACGCCUCGAUGGCAAUGUUGGUACUCUUGAGAAACAGAAGCGUAUCGAUGCUUUCAACGCGCCUGAUUCGCCCUUAUUUGCCUUCUUGCUAUCCACUCGUGCAGGAGGCGUCGGCAUUAACCUAGCUACUGCCGACACGGUCAUUAUCAUGGAUCCUGAUUUCAAUCCCCAUCAAGAUCUCCAGGCGCUUUCGAGAGCUCAUCGAAUUGGGCAGAAGAACAAAGUCCUCGUCUUUCAAUUGAUGACGAAAGAUAGUGCCGAGGAGAAAAUCGUCCAGAUUGGCCGCAAGAAGAUGGCUCUUGACCAUGCCCUUAUUGAGGCCAUGGACGAAGACGACGAUGCUGGGGUUGAUCUUCAGACGAUCCUACAGCACGGCGCUACGGCUCUAUUCGAGGAUGAUGACCAAAACGAUAUUAGAUACGACUCAGCCUCGGUCGAUAAGCUGCUUGACCGAACCCAGAUGGAAACCACCAACACUGGAGACGACAAGUCCGCAGAAUCCCAAUUCUCGUAUGCCCGGAUCUGGGCCAACGAUUCUGGCGCACUUCAAGACGAUGUUGGAGACCCUGAUUCUGAAGAACCGAUGCCGAACACCGAUUUCUGGGAGAAGAUUCUUAAGGAACGUGAGGCGGAGGCGGCCCGUGAAGAGUUGGCCAAGCAGAAGCAGUUCGGACGGGGAAAGCGAGCUCGACAGGUAACCAGCGGAUAUACCGACGCAGCCAACGAGGAGAUGACCCCUCGUAAAUUCAAGAAACUCCGCGUGUUGGGCGAAAGCGAUGGAGAGUUCACUCGCCAAAGCAGUGAGGCUGAAGAAGAAGAAGAGUCUGAUGCUGGAUUCGUUGAUCCCACUGAGCUCGCGCAAGCGAAGGCUCGAUCGGGAGGAAGAGUCGACGCCUUUCAGCGCGCCAGAAUCGUCCGCGACGUGCCGAAUUUGUCCGACGACCCCGACUUCAUGAGAACGUUUGGCAACACCGCUACUCACAACCGCCUAUGCCUAGCCUGCGAUUCAAUGCACGCUGUUGGCCAGUGCCCCUUGAAGCGAUCUGGGGUCGAACAUUGUGGGCUCUGCGGCAUGGCACACUACGGCUUCAUACAAAGCGGGUCUGAAGCCGCGUGUCCUAAAUUUUCCUCCGAAACACAGGUUCGACUCAUGCUCGAUUCGCUGAAGAUGAGUACGGAGCCGAAGGAAAUAAUUGAGCCGGCGCGGAUGUACUUACGGGGGGUUAUUGGGAAUUUGGUCAAGAAGAAGAAGAAAGACUUGGAGUUGCAGGCGGCGAGGAGUAGGCCUAUUUUGCCGCCUUCCCGACCUGGAGCCAUGCAGCCUCAAUGGCGUGUUGCUCCUCCUCAGAGACGUUAGGUAUCGGAUAUGCAUAAUGAGGUUUGAGGCGUUUGGGGUAUUUUAGAUGGUGGGAGAUUGCUUUGCAUACGGUUAAUGGCCGGCUGGCAUGGGGGAUUCUGGCGUUUGUCCACCUGAUACCAACACGAAUACCAUCAUACUAUAAACAGGAU